GCCCAAGACAAGAGGAAGGCCCUGGAGGAGACCAAGGCCUACACCACCCAGUCUCUGGCCAGUGUGGCCUACCAGAUCAAUGCCUUAGCUAACAAUGUGCUGCAGCUGCUGGACAUCCAGGCCUCGCAACUACGACGUAUGGAGUCCUCCAUCAACCACAUCUCCCAGACAGUGGACAUUCAUAAAGAGAAGGUGGCACGCCGGGAGAUCGGCAUCCUGACCACCAAUAAAAACACCUCUCGCACCCACAAGAUCAUCGCCCCGGGCAACAUGGAGCGGCCGGUGCGCUACAUCCGAAAGCCCAUCGACUACACGCUGCUGGAUGAUGUGGGUCACGGCGUCAAGUGGCUUAAAGCCAAGCAACAUGGGAACAAUGCAGCAGGGCGAGGAGGAACCCUCGCUAGGACCAACCCCCCGACACAGAAGCCCCCAAGUCCUCCCAUGGCUGGUCGUGGUACCCUGGGGCGUAACACUCCCUACAAGACACUGGAGCCUGUGAAGCCCCCAGUGGUGCCUAAUGACUACAUGACGAGCCCAGGACGACUGGGCAGCCAGCACAGCCCUGCACGCACAGCCUCGCUCAACCAGAGGCCCAGGACACACAGUGGCAGCAGUGGGGGCAGUGGCGGAAGGGAGAACAGUGGAGGCAGUGCAGUCAGUCUCCCUCUGGCAGUUCCCACCCCAUCCCCUCCCAGUUUGGGGCAAGUAGCGACGUCCUCAGCCCCAGUGCACCAGGGCCCCGGCUUGGGUCCCAUCCCCAUGUCCCAGUUCGGCACCAUCUCCCGCCAGAUCUCCCGUCACUCCUCCACCACCUCCUCUGCCUCCAUGGUGUCAGCCACCGGCACCUACCGUCGAGCACCCUCCGUCUCCUCCCAGCAGCCGCACGUCAACGGGGGCCCUGCUUACACACAGAACUCAAUGUCUGUGGCUCCUCCGCCUCCUCCUCCCAUGGUCCAGCUGACCCCACAGAUCCCACUGACCGGCUUUGUAGCCAGAAUGCAGGAAACCAUAACAGACAGCCCGGCCCCGCCUCCCCCUCCUCCACCCGAGGACAUGGGAGUGUUUGAGGAACCCUCCCCUCCUCCUCCUCCCCCACCUGUGGACUACGAGGAAGAGGAUGCAUCAGUGGUCCAGUACAGUGACCCCUACGCUGACGGCGACCCCCAAUGGGCCCCCAAGAUUUUUUUAGAGAAAGUUGUGGCCAUCUACGACUACAGCAAGGACAAGGAGGAUGAGCUGUCCUUCAUGGAGGGAUCCAUCAUCUACAUAAUCAAGAAGAACGAUGACGGCUGGUUCGAAGGCGUCGCCAACGGCGUCACCGGACUCUUCCCAGGAAACUACGUGGAGUCCAUCAUGCACUAUGCUGACUAAAAAGAGCAGGACACAAAAGCAGUACUGCAGUUUGGAGCACAGAUCAAACCCUGAAGAUGUACAGAUGUAUGCAGUGUGGCAAUAGCAUUCAUUCAACUCCUGUUUUCAAUGAAGUGCCAUGGUGAAGUCUUUGGAAUAUACUAAAUGCUUUUCUUUUAGGGGAGCUCGUGCUUCCAAGGUUAUGUUCCAAAAGAAAAAAAGUCCAAAUGAGGGGGGGGGGGGGGGGGGGGGUGAAGCUUUUGAUGACUGUGGUCUGUUCGUUUACACUGUCGGUUGGACUCUUCAAACCGGGUCACAUUUAGCCUCACAAUAAAUCACAAUGAAUCAAGAUCGUUACAAAGAACACCAUACAAAUAUGGAGGUAUAGUGUUACUUUGGGUAUGUGCAACCAACGCUUCCAGUAUUUAUUGCACACAGCAUACAACUGAGAUUAAAAGCCACAUUGAAGAAACAAAGAAUCUGAAAUCUUGAGAUAUUUCAAAGAAAAACACCUUUUUUAUUGAAGGAAAAAGCAGUAAGGAGAAUACAUGCCUGAGUCCCACUCAUUCUGCAUCCAAAGUCUUGUUCUAAUCUCAGUGGUUCUUGAAAAAUAAUGAAACCGCUCCGAAUAUCAUAUCAAUAACCUUGCAGUCAACCACUAAUAAACAUUUUCUCUACAAAGGAUUUUAUUCUUGUAAUAUAACUUCCCUCUGGAAAUAAUAGAACUGUAUUCCUGUUAUAUUACAACUUACUUCUUGUAAUAAUACAACUUACUUCUUAUAUUACAACUUCUUGUGAUAUUGUGACAUUAAUCUUGUGAUAUUACGAUUUUUAUUUGAAAUGUCAUGACAUUAAUCUUGUAAUACUACAGCUUCAACCUAAUACAACUUAGUUCUCUUGAUCUCAGAUUAUUUUCCUUAACGUGGCCUAAUACUCUGUAGUAGCAAUGGUGAAAGUGAAGUAUUACCACACUUUGAACAGAUGUGGCAGUGUAGCACGGUGAUGACAAAAUGCUCCACAGACUGUAGACCAGCAGACCAACUCCUCCCUCCUUUCCAGAACAUCCAUCUCUUCUUCUCCUCAUCAACGUAAAAAAAAAACAAAAAAGGACUAAAAGGACACACGAACAUCAACAAGUGCAUUAGGACACGACUGAAUGUCCCGUGCUGUCGAUGUCCAAAUCACAAGAUGUUUCAGAUGUGGGUUGAACAAAGCAACCUGGCGUUGUGUAUCUACUAUGCUCUGUGUCGGUGAGGUCGCUGUUAAAAGGGUGAAGUGAGUGUACAGAAUGCAUAACAAAAAAAAAGAAAGAAGACCUUUGGAGUUUCUUUCCGUUCUCUAACGGGAAACGUGUAUAUAGACUAAUGUGAGAAGCUGCCAGUACAGUACAUUUGUCAGUUAGUGUGUUUCACCUGUGAGUUGCCAUCAGCAUCAGUGGAAGUGGUGCCAAGAUAGUUUUUUUUAUUUUUUUUUAUCGAAUAUUAAUUUCAUUCAUCAUUCACAGUGUCGUUUUAACUUCACCCAGGCAGAGGGGCUGUGUACAAACAUUUAUUUUUGUGUGAAGUCACAGUUUUUUAUCUUAACGAUCACUGGCACUUUUUUUGCCGAUGCUGUCCAGCUACUGUAGCAGAGCCCCGACGUGUUUCUUGCUUCAGAACGAGGAGCAGAGAAAGAAGGACUAACUCGUAUGUUUUCAUGUUUUCCAUUGUGUUGGAAUAGCUGCACUGAUUAGUUAUCGACGACUGUGAGGACUGGACAACAUAACAGCUGCUCUCUGAGGAGUGUUUUUACAUGUGUUGAAGUUUUCUGCUGGUUUGCCAUCGAUGGUGUGGUGCUUCACAUCGGUGCUCAAUAACCACAAUCACCAUUACAGACAACCUCAAAACACAGCCGCUCUACAUCGAAAUGUAACAGAGGGUUUCAGUGUCCUUAUUUUGCUAGAGAAGGUGAACAUACUGAUCCCCAAUCACUUCUACACUGAAUGUAGGUGACUCAGCAGCAAUGUACUACAGCUAUAAUCAGCCUGCUACUAAUGUUCUCAUGUCCAGAGUCUGUACUACUCGUGACUGACGCCUGUUAUCUGCGGUAAAGAAAUGAAAAGCGAAUCCCGAGGGCUUAAAAACAGUGCUGGUGUGAUGACCCGUUUUCUUUUCUUUUCUACUGCUUUGGCAAAAUAAGAUUCCUGCUCUUUCAAAGUGAUUGUCGGUGCCAUUAAAACUCGCUGUGAAAUAUCAUCAAAGCAAACGCUCACCUCAGAAUACUGUACAUGUUUCUAACAGCUGAACAUAAUCAUGUGUACUUAAUGAGCCUUGGACAUGAACUUGUAUUCUGAAAUGGAUUCCGAGGAAACCUUUUUCAGGUUUCUGCACACGAGAAAAGACGACAGCUCGGUCAAAUCCAGAGUAUUUCAUUGAGCCUCCUCCGUGCAUGAACGUAUCUUAACGUCAUUACAGUGAGUGAUCUGCCACUACAUCCCAUCGUUGAUUGUAUUCUUUCCAUCAUGAGGUCGAUUUGUUUGUGAGGAAAACAACAUUUUUCUACUUACUGUCUUUCUAGCUUUGCAUUCAACUUGUUCUUAUGUCUGAGACUGCUGAGGACGGACCGUUAGCAGUUUGUAUGUAAAGGAUUUAUUUAUACUUUUUCAUAGAGAAAUCAUGAGACAACCACUGAUGUGCAGAACUUUGUAAUGUUUUACCACUUAACGUCUUGCAUUUCAGGGCAUCACAGGUCAAGGCGCCUUUCUUUGAUAUGUGUUUUCUUAUGAUCAAAAGUGUGUGUGUGUUGGGGGGGGGGGGGGGGAUCCACAAGUUCAAUGUUCAUGGGAACAUAAUUCAAUAUUUGUCUUCUCAGUUUGUACAUAGAAUGUGUUCAUCGAAAUUUAUGUACAGUCUUUUUGUAAUAAACAGCACAUUGAAACAAUGGACACAACCGCUAUUGUUGUUUCUUUAAAGCUGUAGUAAAAUAUGCAAUUAACUGUCAUGUAUGUUAAUAUAUU